UAGUAUAUGACGUGAACAAAAUGCAAACUACAAUAAUUUAGUCUUCAAUGGGAACAUAAAGGGCAGCCCCGCCGUCCGCCACCUGCCCUCUGGUCUAUGGUCCUGUCCCCUUCAUCUUUGACACUCGUUUCCCGAAUCCCUACGUGAUUUCUGCCACUCCAUUAAACUCCAAGUUGGGAGUUUGGUCGCGCUGAUAGCUCUCUCACAACCUCUUCCAAUCAAACGCUGCAACGGCGUAUUUUCCCACAUUUCUAUUGCCCUUCCUUUCUCUCUGAUCCCACUGUAUCAGCGAUCAGAAGAUGCCGAGCCCAAGUCUGAAAGCAGGAAGCCGGCCGCCGUGGGUGGGGUUGGGAGCGGCGGUUUGGGUCCAAAUUGCUUCCGGAAACUCAUACAACUUCCCGCUCUAUUCCCCGCUGCUGAAAUCGGUGCUGGGUUUGAGUCAGCAGCAGCUCACCAUUCUCGGAGUGGCCAGUGACGUUGGAGAGAGUUUGGGUUUCCUCCCUGGGAUCGCCUGCAACAAGUUUCCUCCGUGGGCUGUGCUUUUGGUUGGUUGUGUGCUCUGUUUCUUGGGCUAUGGCGUUAUCUGGCUCGUUGUCAGCGGAACGAUUGGCAGCUUCCCUUUUGUGGCGUUAUGGAUCACACUUUUCAUUGCGGCAAAUAGCAACGCUUGGUUUGGCACAGCUGUGCUUGUAACCAACAUGAGGAACUUCCCUCUCAGCAGAGGCACUGUGGCUGGCAUUCUCAAAGGUUAUAUCGGGCUUAGUGCUGCUGUUUAUACAGUAUUAUACAGUACGGUGCUUCAGGAUUCGGCUUUGAAUCUAUUGUUGUUUCUUGCUCUUGGGAUUCCAGUUUUGUGUUUAGCCUUGAUGUACUUUAUCCGGCCAUGUACUCCAGCUUCUGGAGAAGAUUCUUCGGAGCAUGUCCAUUUUCUCUUCACCAUAGCUGUCAGUGUUUUGCUAGCUAUUUAUCUUAUCACUGUCACAAUAGUACAGCAGUUGGUAUCUCUUAGCGAUGCUAUUUCCUACAUUUUGGUUGCUAUAAUGGUUAUUCUUCUACUUGCUCCCCUCGCAAUUCCUGUGAAAAUGACACUAUUUCCUUCAAGGGCACGAGCUGAAUCUUCAGACCGUCUUGCUCCAGAAGAGGGCGCGACCCAAACGGAUCCUUUGUUGACACCAUCCUCAUCAGCUACACAUCUUGGCAGUUUUCUUGAGGCUGAAUAUGCUUCAGAUAUCGAAACACUUAUUGCAAUUGGGGAAGGGGCAGUGAAGAAGAAAAGGAGACCUAAGAGGGGAGAGGAUUUUAAGUUUCAAGAAGCUUUUAUAAAGGCUGAUUUCUGGCUUCUUUGGUUUCUAUAUUUUCUUGGGGUCGGUUCUGGAAUAACAGUACUCAAUAAUUUGAGCCAGAUUGGGAUUGCAUUAGGCGCUAGUGAUACGACAAUACUGUUGUCUCUCUUCAGCUUUUGCAAUUUUGUGGGUCGUCUGGGUUCUGGUGCUGUUUCUGAACACUUUCUCAGGACGAAAACAGUUCCUCGCACAGUGUGGAUGGCAUGUGCGCAUGUAGUUAUGCUCAUAUCGUUUGUUUUAUAUGCUCUAGCUAUCAGUGGUACUCUCUAUGUUGCAACUGCUCUGUUUGGUAUCUGCUAUGGGGCUCAGUAUUCAUUGAUGGUUCCAACAGCCUCCGAACUUUUCGGCUUGAAAAAUUUUGCCGUAAUUUACAGCUUCAUGGGACUUGGGAAUCCUAUCGGUGCAGUACUUUUCUCCGUUCUUCUUGCUGGUGAUGUGUAUGAUGCUGAAGCUGCCAAGCAAGGAGGGUCUACAUGCGUAGGUUCUGCUUGCUUUGGGCUCACAUUUAUAGUUUUAGCCAUCGCCUGUGGACUAGGCUUCAUCUUGAGUGUAAUUUUGACAAUUAGAGUACGACCGGUUUACCAAAUGCUUUAUGCUGGGGGUUCCUUCCGUCUGCCAUCGAGCCACUAAUGAUUGGAGAUCGGUGACAUGAAUCCAUAGUUCCAUACAGGUUGUGGAAAACUGUUCUGAUUUCGUCAUUCAGAUUACUAGUGAAUAUCUGCGGCUUGAAUGUUAUAUAGGUACUGCAAGUGCCGAGCUUUAAGCUAUAAUGUUUCACCCAAGUUGGCCUUUGUUGGUUGCGUGUUUAUGGCGGAUCAAGGAAGAGUCAAUGGAGUCCCUUAUAGGUCUCCGCGGUAUUAUAUAUGUACAUUUCGAGUUUGAGGUAUUACCGUAUAUCAUCUGUUAUACCAUCUUAGAAUCGAACUCUCGCAGACAUAUUCCUUCACAUUCUGUUAUGCAUCGUUUUAUCUUCUUUUGGUGCUUCUCUAGCACGUGGGACAAACAAUUUCGUUUUGCUAGCAAUUUUAAAACCUGCUAAAGCAGAGUUGAAUCUUUAAUAAAUA